AUGGGCUCUACCAAGAAUACCCCAAACUUCUAUUGCGAUGUUUGUCGAGAAACUUUCCGCCGCCAGGAACACCUCGACCGCCAUCUCAGGCGUCAUUUAGGUGUGCGCCCUUUUACAUGCUCCUUCUGCUCCAAGUCAUUCUCACGAAGAGACACAUUGCAGCGACAUAUCAGCACGCAUGGAGAUCAGCAGAACCAGCCUCUCCCAAGUGCUAAAAGACCUCGAAGCAACCAGGCUUGUCAGAACUGUGCACGCGAGAAGCAGCGCUGCAGUGGGUAUCUGCCCUGUGUUCGUUGUACUAACAAGAACCGCACCUGUGUAUUUGAACAUCAUUCCCAGGGUGGUGAUGGUACUCGGGAUAAAUCAUCCACAGUGCAUGUAUUGAGUCAAGAUGGCAUAGGACAAGCAGACAUGAGCUUCGGUGGAGACAUAAGGAAGCUUAGGCCCUUACCGGGAGACCCCCAGCUAGUGGAAUAUGCUAGCGCUGAAGCCCCGCCGGAGAUAAGGCCCUUUAGUACAUUGAGCAUUCCGAACUAUGUCACCGACUUGGGCAAUCUGUUCACAUGGGGUCCAUUUGACUGCCUUCAUGAUCCGCAAUAUAGUGCUUCCCUUAACAAUGGCACUGGGCUCAAUGGCUUGGACACACUCUGUCAGCAAAGUCCACUCCCGUUUGAGCCUCCCCCGGUUUUGCAAUCACCUAGGCCGGGCACACCUAUUGAACCAGCUACCCUGCAGUCACUGCCUACUCCCACGGAAGAAAUUCAUCGAUCUUCCCAAUCCGCGUCGCUUGUACUAAAUGACCCCAUAGCAUCUAGCUCUACAUCUCCCAGAGGCGAUCCAGAUUCCAGUUCUGACUAUGAUAUACUCAUCGCAGAAAACUUCUUUCAUGUAAGGGCUGUGCGCAAGGAAACGUAUGAAAAGAUCCAGAGCUUCUAUCUGGCCCAGACGGACAUCUGUUUCAAGAGGUUGGCCCUUCCUGACCUUAACCGUCUCAAUUGCCUUGUUCAGCUGUAUUUUGAAUAUUUCCAUUCACAGAUGCCAUUUAUACAUCCAGUUAUGUUUGAAAGCGACAGCUCAUGGAUUCUAGUGCUUGCCGUGGCAGCUAUCGGAAGCCAAUAUACUAAAAUGGCUAAGGGCAAACAAUACAUAAUAGUUCUCUCCGAGCUCUUACGUCGUGCCAUCCCCCUUGAUGCUGUUAAAGCGCUACAAUACGAUGCAAUGACUCUGGCGCAGUCUACUUUGCUGCUCAAUGUCAGCCUUGUGUUCAAUGGUUUCCGAGACAAUAUCAUCAACUUGCAGUUUCUGCGCACCUGGCUGGCUACACUUAUUCGCCCAUUUCUCAACCCCCACAGUAAAAGAGAUUCUGCCUUGCUAGAUCUCUCCCGAACUGUGACUAUUUCCGACCGAUGGCAUGCAUGGCUUCAAGUGGAAGCCCGCACCCGCCUGGUAUAUGGCUUUUUCCGUGCGUUGAUAUCUUGCUCGUGGACUCAAUGGCAGAUAAAUGGCUUACUAGUGGAUCUAGUUCUCGACUCAUUUUGUGUCAUAUUUAUUGAUAUGCAACCAAGCUAUUCAAUGGAUGAUUUUGAGCACAGACUCCCUUCUCCAGACGAACUCUGGAACAGCCAGGAUGCUCACUCCUGGGAGUCACAUCUCCAAUCUUGUCCGGAGAUACCCAUAAUCACUCUAAGAGAAUUUCUGUCAUCUAACUGUAGCAGCAGCUUUUCAAUUGAACAAUUAUCACGGUUCAACAGGCUGACAUUACUACUCGGUCUCUUUGUCGGAGAGAAGCAAGCUGUGAACAUAUCUCGGUUUACUACUCGCUUUCUCGUCCCUAACGGUAACCCUCGCAUGUUACGGUCCUCGCAGGAGACGCCCAACUCAUACCCAAGCCUUAAUUCCAGAUACCAACUAUUAGAACCGAACUUCACACCAACAACGUCAGCAUCCGCUUUCCCUGACUGCUUCACUAUCUGCUAUCAUUUGACAUCCAUUUUUAGAUACACGUCUUUGCGGGAUAUACUUGCUUACACCGGGUGGCUUGUUACUAAUGUGGAGAGUAUCGCCGCCGGGAAGCGCAUAGCUCAAGUGAUGGAGAAAGACACAGAAGGUGCACGUAAAUGCGUAAUACAUGCCGGUGCAAUCAUCCGGGAGACUCGUGGUGUCCUAACUCCUGCUUGCUACCAAGGGUUCAGUCUCCUAUUUGCGUUUCUGUACUUAUGGGUCUAUGAGCGGUUCUGCACCAGCACGACUACCAAAUGGCCGCGUUCAGACCAAUCCUCGCCACAUAGGCUCCUAAGGAUCGACCGUGGCCCUGACCCAGCGCUGGAGAAACAGUGGAUUGCUGGCAAUCCCGACUGUCGACCUUACCUGACCGGUGUUGGACUCCUCUUGGAACCAGGGGCUUCCACGCGCCUUCUCAGAGAAUGUCAACGUAUUCUCAAAUCUUAUGAUGCAUGGCCGCAUCUUCGAGCAGGAUUUAUAUUAGCCCUCAAUGAGCUUGUUGAGGAGGUGAACCCAUUGACCGAUGCCCCAUAUUCAUGGGCCUCGUGA